AUGAUCUUGCGCUUGUUGUCUGGGGCAAACGUGGCCACAUGGAUAUCGUUAAUGCGGUAUUCUUCAGUGGCGGGGCGCGUCAAGGUGUUCGAGCAUCCUGCUGGAGUGCUCCGCGACGCCGUCGACGUUCCCUGGCCAGUCCUCUGGCUAUUGAGCACGUUCAAUCCUAAAUUCAUAUUUGCUUCUCAAGCCAUGCCGAAUCAUCAGCUGCUGGCUGAUGACCUUCGCACCUUUGCCAACAAAUUCAAAUGGAGAUGGUUCCAUGGCAGUCGCCGUGAUUCUGCGUACAUCAAGCUGAAAGGAUCGAAGACCCCCGAAUUCAACAAGAUGUCCACUCCCUCUCUGGACUGUUGGAUCUACGGCCUCCGCAAGGCCGUGGCGGCAGCGGCAAGCAAGUCGCAGCUUAGCCACCGAAGCAGACCAACCAACACGUUGCCCCUGGUCAAGCUGGCCUUCUCGUUGCUGCGCCGCACCAACAUGGUGGCUGUGCCGAACGACAAGGAGGUCGGCUUCACGCUCGUCCGGCUCAUGGACGACAGGCGCAUUGACCUCGGCAUACUCACCACAGACGUGUACAAAAGCUUGGAUGAGUUCGAUGUCGAUUUCACCCAUGUCUGGAAAAAGUACGCUCGCGUGGCAAGAGACAUCGAGGACUACGAGGGGGUAGAGGGGCUUUCGGGGCAGAUCAUCCGCAGCAUGUACAUCAAAGGAGCUUCUCUAACAGCUCGUCUUGCCAAGACGUGCAAGACCCACAAGAAUCCAGUGACGUUCCGGGCAUUGCAUUGUAGCGCACAGUAUUCCUUCGCUGGGCUAUCCAAGUGGGUAUCGGGAGUUCUUCGAAGACAUCUUUCCGAUCUGCCCUGGUUGGUCCGCGAUGCUGUCGAUGCUGCGCGGCAUCUUCGUGGCCGCCACGCUGCGCCAGGCACCCGCUUGGCGAAAAUUGACAUCAAGGACUACUUCAUGUCUGGGUCCAUGGACGAGUUAAUACAGGAUGCGACGUCUCACAUGACAGGCGCUCAGAAAGCACUCGUUCAGCGUGCUUUGCAGUUACUACUUGCGCAUCAGUACGUGUCAUCACCACACUGGCCAAACCACAGGCACCAAGUCGUUGUGGGCUCUGGCAUGGGAUUGAUCCAUUCUGGGGAAGUGGCAGAUGUGGCCCUUGCAAACCGUUUAGAAUCCUGGGCGUGCUCGCAAUAUGUACGCAUGCAUUUCCAGGUAUCUGUUUACAUGAGGUUCAAGGACGACAUUUUGAUUGCAUAUCGUGACUUUGCAAAGUUCAGUGCCUUUCUUCGUAUCAUGCAACACCGAUCCAGAUAUUUCCGUUUGGUUUUGGACGAAGGGCAUGUCAAGGAGUCGCAUUGGCUCCAACUGUCGGUUUGCAUCGCAGGAGGAGCUUUUUCUGUAAAGCCAGCGUUUAAGAUCACAACUUUGACGAUCCCACUGGCGUCAACGAGUGCGCACCCGUGGUCUGUGCACCGGUCCUGGCCCAGGGCCAUGCUCCAGACCAUGCUAGCAUUUUGCAGCCACACCAGCCAGGAGAAGGACGUCAAACUUGAAUUCAGAAAUCGGCUCACCAACGCAUGCUUCAAUUCAUCUCUGUUGGAGGGUAUUUUUCCCAGGAGCCCCCCGCGCCCAAGGGAGACUUGCACCCCAGUGUGGUUGAUUCUUCCGUUUCACCCCCACUGGUGUAAACUAAUCGCUAAAGCAGUUAGCGUUUUCAAUUCCAACCCUUUUUUCCAGCGAAUGCUGGGCGAAUCGGGCUUGCAGGUUUCCCCCGUGAGGGUGGCCUGGCGGAGCUAUCUGCCAUCUCUUCGGGGGCGGAUGGCUUCGGACAGGGCCCGAAAAAUCAAUAAUUUGAAUGAGAUUUUUCGCACUGAAUAUGGCUUCCAUGGAGGUUGGUUGGGGCGGUAG